AUGAGCGAAAUCAAGCGCGUUCACGAAGGCAAGCUCGCAAUUGUCACCGGUUCCGCCCGUGGAAUCGGUGCAUACAUUGCUCGCAAUCUCGCUGCCCGCGGAGCAAAUGUCCUCAUCAACUAUGCCACGCCGUCUUCGGAUAGCUCUGCUGCAGCGCUGAGCCAGGAGCUCGAAAGCAACUACUCGGUCAGGGCUGUCACUUGCAGAGCAGACAUCAGCAAGAUCGACGAGUGUGAGCACCUCAUUUCGGUGUGCAAAGAUAACUUUGGUGGCGAGAACUUGAAAGUCAGCAUCAUCGUCCAUAAUGCCGGCGUUCUCUACCUGGGACCUAUAGAGUCCGUCAGGCAGGAGGAAUUCGACCGCAUUUACCGCAUCAAUGUUCUAGGUCCAACCCUACUCACAGGCGUCUGCAAGCCUUACCUACCGACGGAUCGGACCGGGCGUAUUGUCAUGAUGUCGAGCGUCAAUCCCAAGAUCGGCACCCCUAACACGACGCUUUACACGGGUACCAAAGCAGCGGUAGAGGCCAUGGCUAGAGUCUGGUGUCGCGAGCUGGCCGAAAACUGCACCGUCAACACCAUCAACCCAGGUCCCGUCAUGACCGACAUGUACCUGUCAGCCGGUGAUCAAGUCAAGAAAGACUUGGGCUUGUGGAACUCAGUGACGCCCUUAGUUGCUGUGAGGGACUCGGAUGCACCAGAUGUCCAGGAGCUGGGUAGGAAAUUUGGUGGCCGGGCUGCGUAUCCAGAGGAAAUUGCCGACCUCGUCAGUAUGAUCUGCAGCCCUGAGUCAGGGUGGAUGACAGGGAGCCUAGUUAGUGCAAAUGGCGGUCUCUCUUUCAGCUACUGA